AUGACGUUCGGCUCCAGUCGCCGAUGCCACUCUAUAGCAGAACCCAGGCAUUCCGUCACUCGCAACACAAGCAAAAUCCCGAGCCGCUCCGCCUGCAAGCUGACUCCCCAACGCUGGGCCACUGGACGCGAUACCACACAUCACCUAUUCCCAAUCCGGCCAUCCGCGGCCCUGCUGCCACACAAGGUGCAAGGAGGGGAUACGGCGCGAGCGUCACACCGGCGGUUGCCAGACCUACUGCAGGAUGUCCUUGAGAUAAUGAACUCGAUCACGAACCAGCAGAGCCAGCUCGAGGAGGAGAGUCUCGCUCUACAGGACAUGGUUGAGCUGGUAGUGAUCAUGCAGGAGCAGGCCGACUCUUUAAUGGAGUACUCGGACCUGGUGGAGGAGUAUGUUGAUCUGGUCAAUGACGCGUCUGCCAGCCCGUCUUCGGUUUACUCUAUCGACACUAUUGACCUGCAGGAGGAAUCUGAGGGUGACGAAGAGCGGGCCGGACAGGAGCCCGGGGCCCGUGAGCUGGCGUCUAGGGCUGAUUCUGGAGUGAGUGUGGGUGCAGAUGAUAAUGUUACUGACGGUGAAGAUACCGUUGUUGUGGAGGGCCAGUCUCGAGUCACUGUGGGCAUUGAAUCUGGCACUCUAGGGAACGCGAAGCUCAUAUCUAGAGAGCCCCAGCUCAGAGAUUCGGGAUUGGGCCUGAUGAGUUCAGAUGUGGCUCCUCCAGGAACAACGAACCGCAUGAAACAAGCGUCUCAAAGGGGCAGGAAUACUCGCUCUUCACGGGGGAGAGUAGUUACUUCCAGAUUGACUCGGAUUGGUCGAUGA